AUUAACUUAUGUAAAUACACGUAUUUUAUAAAUUGGCGACGAUGUCAACUAUCGAUAUAAAAAAAUUGAAGAAAACACGAGCCUCGCUACGGGGUUUACUUACAAAAUUAGAAAAUUAUAUAACCACUAACGAAACAAUCCCUCAAGAAGAAAUUCAGUCAAGACUUCAAUCGCUUCAAGAAACAUUACGAAAACUACAAGAAAUUCAACAUGAUAUCGAAACAGAAUCACCAGAAGAACAACUUAAUGAAGAAAUAGAGAACAGAUACGACUUUGAAGAGAAAUGUACAUUUUUAAAGACCAAACUUUUGAUACUACAAAACAGAAAUCACGUACCCACCGCAGCACCACAGCUAUCCCCAUCACCUUCGAGCACCAAUUCACGUCUAGACAGAAAUCCCAAAAUGAAUUUCCAACCAUUUCAAGAAAAAGAAACUUUUAAAAAUUUUACGAAAAGAUUAACAGUAUAUUUUUUAUUAAACAACAUAGAAGACCCUAAAAUGAAAGUAUAUAUAUUACUAUCUGCCUUAUCUCCUGAACUUCACGAAAAGUUACACGACCUAUGCUCGCCUGAAGAUCCGAUUAACAUGAACUUUAUAGAACUUACUCGUAUACUAGAUGACCACAUAGAUCCAAAACCGAGUGUAUGGGCAUUACAACAUAAAUUUAUUACCCGGGUACAAAAACAGGAUGAAACAGUAGCAAUGUACGCCUCCGAAUUAAAGAAAUUGUCCAAUAACUGUGAAUUUAAAUGUCAAAGCUGCCAUAAACCAACUUUAGAAAGCUUCAUAUCAUUACAAUUUAUCCGAGGAUUGAAGGACAGUGAUAUAAGAAUAAGAAUACUACAAGAGCGAGAAACACCACCUUUUACAAGAUUGGUACAAAUGGCUACAUCCAUGGAAAUGGGAAAAUCGGAAAACAUACGAAUGUCUACAGACGCACACCGAUAUUCUGACAGCCUCAAUAGAAUUACAAAUAUAACAAAUAAAAACAAUUUCCCUAAUACACCACCAUCUCAAAUACAAAAUCGAAGACUACCAAUAACAAUAAAAGAAUUGAAAGGAAAAUGCUACCGAUGUGGAAAAAAUGACCACCAGUCUAAAGAAUGUGGUGCCUUAAAAUCCGUUUGCAUGAAGUGCAAUAAAACAGGUCAUUUAGCGCGUGUUUGCUUACAAAGAAAUACAAAUAUGAAUAAAUUAGAUGACACUACAAGUAAUACGAGUGAUGAAAACAUGGGAGACAUCAAUCUCAUGAAAAGUGAAAUAUCAGAAAAAUACAUGAUCCCAAUAAAAAUUGAGAACAGACCAAUCAGUAUGGAGUUUGACACUGGAGCAACAUUGUCAUCAAUAUCCCUGAAACAAUACAAGAAAUUGAAUAUCGGAAACCGAAUAUUCAAAACUGAUAUGAAAUUAAGAACAUACACUGGAGAAAUUAUUAAACCCUCAGGAGUCACCUACGUCAAAUAUACAUACAAAGAUCAGACCUUUAAUGGAAAACUAUAUAUAAUCAACCAAGAUGUUGACGCAAUUUUUGGGAGAAGCUGGAUGAAAGAACUUACAAUAAAAUUAUCAGAUAUCAAUAUAAUACGAAAUUCAGAACCAUCUACGAAUCUUGAUCAAUUAUUAGAAGAAUAUACGAACACUGUAUUUAGAACCGACUUAGGAAAAAUACCAAAUUACCAAGCUCAUUUGAAUCUCAAGGAAAACAUACAACCUAUAUUUAUUAAACCUCGUCGUAUACCGUAUGCUUUAAAGGAAAAAGUUGAUGAAGAGAUAGAGCGACUAUGUUCAGAAGGAAUCAUUACUAAAGUGGACCAUGCGGAAUGGGGUACUCCAAUCGUACCAAUCGUAAAACCUAACGGCACUAUCCGUUUGUGCGCAGACUACAAGGUAACCCUUAACAAAUGUAUCAAGGAUGAACAAUACCCAAUCCCCAUAAUAGAAGACAUAUUCACAGAAAUGAAUGGAGGGAAAUAUUUCUGCACCUUAGAUAUCAAACAAGCCUAUCUAAAUUUAGAAAUGGAUGACGAAAGCGCACUUUUACAAACGUUAAGUACACACAAAGGCACUUAUAAAGUGAAUCGAUUGAUGUUCGGUGUUAAGGUAGCACCUAGCCUAUGGCAAAAAUUUAUGGAUCAAUUACUUCAGGGACUAGAUGGAGUCAAAUGCUUCUUUGAUGACAUUAUUAUUCAAGGAACCUCAGAAGAUCAACUCCUAUCACGUCUGAAACAAGUUCUUCAGAAACUCAAAGAGAGUAACCUGCGCGUCAACAGAGAAAAAUGUAACUUUUUUAAGCGAAGUAUUAAUUACCUAGGACAUAUAAUAGAUGAAGAUGGACUACAUAAAAAUAAAGACAAAGUGAAAGCGAUUAUGAAAACAGAGAGACCGAAAAAUGUAAAUGAAUUAAGAACCUUUCUAGGUAUGGCAAAUUAUUAUAACAAAUUUAUACCAAACUUGGCCUCAAUAACAAAUCCUCUAAAUGAAUUACUAAAGAAAGAAAAAGAAUUUCAAUGGUCCUCAAAAUGUGAAACAAGCUUUAAUAAAAUUAAACAGGAGAUAUUGAGUGAAAGAGUUCUCAUUCAUUUCGAUCCCAAAAAGCCAUUGAUAAUAGCCACUGACGCAUCUCCAACAGGAUUAGGCGUUGUUCUAUCUCAUAAACUAAAGGAUGGAUCUGAAAGGCCUAUCGCAUUUGCUUCUAGAUCACUUUCAACCAGCGAAAAGAAAUAUAGUCAAAUCGAUAAAGAAGCUACAGCCAUCUUCUGGGGCAUAAAGAAAUUUUUUCACUACUGCUACGGUCGGAAAUUCACACUGAUAACCGACCACAAGCCUCUUACCUCAAUCUUUCACCCACACCAAACACUACCAGCCUUAAGCACAAUGAGACUAUUCCAUUACGCACAUUUUCUAUCAGGAUUUGAUUAUGAUGUAGAAUACAGACCGGCAUCAAAACAUUCAAAUGCUGAUUAUUUAUCAAGAUUUCCAGUGGAAUAUGUAAAAGAAAAUUCUAAAGAUCAACACUACACAUUCCAACAACAACAAAUCAAUACGCUUGAUGUCCGACCAGAACUUAUAGCUAAAGAAACAAAGACAGAUGAGGAACUUAAAAUAUUGUUGGAAGCACUAAAAACAGGUCACUCAGUACGCCAACACGGCUAUAACGAUAACGAACUUACACUUCAAGAUAAUUGCAUUUUGAAAGGAACCCGAGUCGUAAUACCGCACAGUCUACGUAGCCGUGUUCUCGACGAACUACACGCAGGACAUGUUGGUAUUCUUAAAAUGAAAUUAUUAGCACGCAGUUACAUAUAUUGGAAAAAUAUAGACACAGAUAUUGAAAACAAGGUAAAAUCUUGCAGAGCAUGUCGAUUACAACAGAAUGAACCACCGAAAGCACCGCUACACCAUUGGGAACAACCUACAGAACCCUGGCAACGACUGCAUAUCGACUUUGCCGGACCUGUACAUGGUUACCAACUUUUAGUUGUCGUAGAUGCCUUCACAAAGUGGGUUGAAAUCUACCCUACUAAAAUUACUACAAGUUCGUGGUGUAUUGCUAAACUGAAAGAACUGUUCACUACAUAUGGAAUACCACAUACAUUAGCAUCAGAUAAUGGACGACAAUUUAUAUCUCAAGAAUUUGAAUAUUACCUUUCGAACUGUGGUAUAAAACACUCGAAAUCAGCUCCCUACCAUCCAGCGACUAACGGCCAAGCAGAGCGCUAUAUACAAACAAUAAAAAGGGCGCUACGCGCAAUGGAGGGGGAGAGGGGUGACCUUAACGAUAAACUUCUGAUCAUUAAGACACGACUCAGACGUACACCAACCUCGAACGGUCGGACACCAUAUCAGCUUCUGUUCAAUCGAGACGUCAGAACCAAGCUCCAUGUUAUGUUCCGCACCACACCAGCACUAGCAGUAGCUGAAUCGAAUAACAGACCACCUGUUAAACAAAUAUAUACAAAAGGUGACCGGGUCCAAGCUAGAAACUACUCUGUAUGCGGGCCAAAAUGGGAAUUUGGCAACAUAUUGAAUAGACUGGGACGAUUGCACUACGAAGUACAGACCGACCAGGGAGCUGUGUGGCGCAGGCACGUGGAGCAGCUACUACCGGCCCCAGGAAUCCAGAAAUAG